ACUGGUCACUCUCAUCCCCGUGGUUUCCCUGUCCGAUACAGUCGCAGUGGUAGAAAUCAAGCGGAAAUGGAAGCAGUGGUCAUUGAUGGGUCAGAGUCACGGGUGGUGGUGGGUGACGCUCAUUCACUCCACCAGAAAAUAUCUUCUAUUAGCUGCGCAGGACCUUCAAAGCUCCAGGUAAUUGCAGAUUUUGACGCAACCUUGACAAAAUAUUGGAUAGAUGGUCAACGAGGAAUGAGCAGUCAUGGUCUACUGCAACAGGAAAAUUCGGAAUACAAUACCAAGAGGCAGAAACUACAUGAAUAUUACCAUCCAUUAGAAUUUAACCCCCUGAUACCGCUAGAUGAGAAAGCCAAGCUCAUGGAAGAGUGGUGGGGGAAAACACAUGGUCUUCUUAUUGAAGGAGGUCUUACAUAUGAUGCUAUUAAGGAAUCUGUGGCGAACGCCAAUAUUGCUUUAAGAGACGGUGUUGCCGAAUUAUUUGAACUUCUAGAGGAGAGAAAUGUGCCUGUUCUUAUAUUUUCUGCUGGUCUUGCAGACAUAAUAGAGGAGGUGCUAAGGCAGAAACUAUGUAGAUCAUACAAGAAUGUGCGGAUUGUAUCCAAUAGAAUGGUGUUUGAUGAGAAUGGCGGCUUGCUUUGUUUUAAAGGUAAGACCAUUCAUGUUCUUAACAAGAAUGAGCAUGCACUUGACAUGGCUGCCCCUCUUGGCAAAUUUGUUGAAGACAAGGAAAUGGUUAAUGAUGAAUCUUCUUUGAAGAAGAGAACUAAUCUUUUGCUUCUUGGUGAUCACAUUGGAGACUUGGGAAUGUCUGAUGGUCUGAAUUACGAUACACAAAUUUCAGUUGGUUUUCUAAACCAUAACAUUGAGGAUUGCCUUGAUAGCUACAGGAAUGCAUUCGACAUUCUCUAUCUGAAUGAUGCAUCCAUGCAUGGAGUUGUCAAGCUGGCCUCUCAUCUGAGUAAACAAGAUUAAAUUUCCAACCUAUGUGACUCCAUAUAUUAGUAACGCAAAUGCUCGUGUUGGUUCAAGAAAAUGCUAGUGCCUUUUAAAUUUCCUCACCAGGAAGGCCCUUUCAUUCUUUUUAAUUGUGAAGGCUGACAUGUAACACAUGUUACAGCUCAAUUGUAUUUAGUUAUUAAAUAUGAAUGCAUUUGUCAAAGAAACAUUCCAUGUGUGAGAUUGUGAGAAUGAACACUUGUUGAUUACUGGUUCUAAGAUUUUAUUUUGAUUUUUUGAUAUAGUCGGAACUCGGAACCAUUCUCAUCCAUCCAUUCAUGUAUGGGAAGUGGGAACUAUUGAACUCAAUCAACUCCAUUGCUC